AUGGCAACAACAACUACGGCGGUAGCACAUCAGCUGCCUGAAGAAUGUUUCGAGUACCUUCAUGACUCGACCUACCAGAAAUUUGCUCCCAUCGUCAAAGGCUAUUUGACGACGGCCUGUGUCAUUCUUGGCACAAUUGGAAAUCUUCAUGGAGUCAAAAGUGUGCAUGUAACCAAUUUGGAUAAGAACCGAGGUGUUGUGUUGGCAGUUUCAAUGCUAGCCCUCGCUUUCUGGGAUACAAUCCUUCUUUGGUGUGCAUUUAUGUAUUACGGUAUUCGAAGUUUACCAAUCACAUUGGAUGCAGACAUCAUCAAUACUCUGACUCCAUGGUUUCACGUGUUCUCGCAAACCGCGAAUACCGCUUCGAUUUGGUGUGUUGUUGCAAUCACAUUACAAAGAUUUAUGGCAACGCGAGAUCCAUUUCGAACAUCUCGAUCGGCUGUUAUAAUGCAAUCAUUCCGAAGCGAGCGCAGAAUUUCAUUUAUUUAUUGUUCUCAUUAUCGUCGCUUAUUUCGAAUGCCAUUGCUCCUCUCAAUCGGAGCAAUUCUUUUAAAUUUUCCUGCAUUCUUCGAAUUUCACACAGCGCCAUGUUUCAGUCACGAGUUGAACAGGACCUCGAUAACGGUGAAAAUCUCGAGUCUUCGUAUGAACAAGGCUUACAUGAUGUAUCGUCUCUUAUCUCGAAUGGUUCUCGUCUCAAUUGGACCAAAUAUAUUUAUUCUCUGUGUUACCCUACUUACUGUAUUUAUUCUCCGUGGAUCAAACCGGUCAAGACGGGCGCUAUUCCAAAUGGCGGAUAAUGUUUUAGAGAGAUAUGCAUCUCGUGAAAACAUGCAAACUAUGAUAUCGAUAAUGCUAGUCACCAAAUUUUUGGCAUUCCGAAGUUUAACUUUUGCGUUAGACAUUAUGGAAGUUACUGUCGGCGCAAAUAAUUAUUAUUUAAUAGACAUUAGUAACUUUCUUGUAAUGGUCAAUUCGGCGACGAAUUGUUUGAUCUACCUGAAAGCAACGUCUUGGUUGAAUUCAAGGUUUGCUGAAAGGCAGACGAUCAAACGGAAAAAGACAAUUUGUGAUGCCGGACAACUACUCGGUGAUCGCCUUUCAAUUUUGUGUAGCUCGUGGGAUAAGGCGAUGGAGAUGACGAGUGGCGAGCUCGGCCAAAGAGUAGCAUGGAAUAUGAUACGCAAACAUCCGACAAUUUACAAGAACCUUUCGAAUGAUGAACACGAAAAAGUUUCAUUGCUCAACGGAUCUUGUAAACGAAGUAUCGAUCAUGAAAAGUUUCAAGAAGUCGGAAAUCGAAUAUCGGCAUUUAUCUCAGAACUAUUGGAUCUCAUGAAAACCUCUCAGCCGGAACAUUAUAUUGUGAUGAGAAUACGACGGGUUGGCGCUGUUCAUUACGAUAAGGGAAUUAUAUUUACGUCUUCAACUUGGAAAGAAUUCAAAAACACAAUUCAAACGAUUAUAUCUGAAUGUCAAUUUUCCUCUUCCCAGGAACGCGAAGCGGCUCUUGAGUCUUGGAAUAUUUUCAUUUCAUUUAUCAUUCGUGAAAUGAAAAUGGGAAUGUGGGAAAUCGGCGACACCCUCGUGCAAAUGCCCUAA